AUUAACUCGCGAUUGGGCCUAGAAACUAUUAAGAGCAGCAUGGAUCAAACAUUUGAAAGAUCACCGGGCCGCCAAAGUCCAUCAACCUCAUUCUUCAUCGUCUCCUACACCGCCGAAAACCAGGUUUCAAUGUCUCAAUUUCAUCGCUCUUAACUUCAUUUAAUCAUAUUCUAGGGCUAUAUUUGAAUACCCUUUUAGUUUAACAUUAUUGCAUUCUUGUUUAUUUCAUUUUGUGAGCUUCAUUUCACUCUGAAGCUCACAAAUUGAUGAUAUGUAUUCUAUAUAUAGACCACCAAUCUGAUAUGUAUAGAGCUCUUGGAUGGAAGCGUCUCUCGUAUCGUUUUAAGAUUGCCCAUUUUGUUAAAACUGGUCUUAUUGAUAAAGCACUCCAGUUGUUUGAUGAAAUGUCUCAGUCAGAUUGUAGGGUUUUUAGUGUUGAUUAUAAUAGGAUUAUUGGGGUUUUGGUUAAGCAUUCUAGGUUUGAGUUAGCUGAGGAGUAUUAUGCGAAGAUGGGUCCGAAAGGGUUUUCGUUGAAUUCUUUUACUUACUCGAGGUUUAUUAGUGGGUUGUGUAAGGUUGGGGAGUUUGAAGUUAUUCAGAGGCUUUUGGAAGAUAUGGAUAAAGUGGGGGUGGUUCCGGAUAUGUGGGCGUGUAAUUUGUAUUUGAAUCUUUUGUGUUCGGAGAGUUUGGUUGAUGUGGCGUUGGAGGUUUUGAGAGUUAUGGGUGAGAAGGGAAGGGAGCCGGAUGUGGUGAGUUAUACUAUUGUUGUUAGUGGGUUGUGCAGGGUGAAGAGAAUUGAUGAUGCUGUUAAGUUGUGGUAUUUGAUGAUUGGGAAAGGUAUUGUUCCGGAUGAUAAGGCUUGUCGGGCACUUGUUCUUGGUUUGUGUGAUUGUGGGAAGGUUGAUUUGGCUUAUGAGCUUACGUUGGGUGACUUGAAAGGAAGAGUGGAAUUUAGCACGGGGAUUUACAAUGUACUUAUAUGCGGAUUUUGUCAAGCUGGGAGGAUUGAUAAAGCACAGGCAAUUAAAACGUUCAUGAGAAGGAAUGGGUGUAAACCAGAUUUGGUUACUUACAAUGUGCUGUUGAAUUAUUGUUGUGAUGAGCUGAUGUUGGACGAGGCAGAGAAGUUGGUAGAUAAGAUGGAGAGAGGUGGGUUGAAUCCCGAUAGCUAUAGCUACAACCAACUCCUCAAGGGCUUUUGCAAAGCUCACCGGAUUGAUAGGGCGUACAAGUUGAUGGCGAAUAAAAUGAGGCUGAAAGGCUUAGUAGAUGUUGUAUCAUAUAACACAAUAAUUAGAGCACUCUGUGGAGCUUCUCGUACUGAGCAAGCUUAUAAGAUACUGGAGGAGAUGGCCCCUAAUGGGAUUUCUCCUGAUGUGGUAACAUUUUCAAUUCUUAUCAAAGCCUUUCUUAGAGAAGGCAGACCCAAUUUAGCCAAAAAGCUUCUUGACCAGAUGAGAAUUUUGGGCUUGUCACUUGAUCGUGUGAUGUAUACAAUCAUUGUUGAUCACUUGUGUAAGACCGGGAGAACUGGAAUGGCUCAAAGCACAUUCCGUGAUAUGAUAGAGCAGGGGAUCACCCCUGACGUUGUGUCGUACAAUGCACUUAUUAAUGGGUUUUGCAGGGCAUCUCGAGUGUCUGAUGCGAUGGUUUUAUAUGAGGAGAUGCAGACCAAAGGAGUGCAUCCAGAUGAACUUACUUUCAAAUUGGUUAUUCGAGGUCUUAUACAGGAAAAGAAGCUUUCAAUUGCUUGCACAGUCUGGGAUCAGAUGAUGGAGAAGGGCUUCACACUUGAUAGAGAUGUUUCUGAGACACUUAUCACUGCUAUAUCUGACAAUGCAUCCCGCAGUAAGACAAAUGGUUUGUGUAUAAUCUUGCCUUAAAAUUUGGAACUGUCUUGCAUGCACAGGUUAUAGUAAUUUGCAGUACCUUUAGUAUUGAAUAAAUUAAGUAGUCUACCUCUCUUUUUCUUGGUUUUCGAACACUUGGGUUUCUUCUCUGGUUGGGGUUAAUAGUGGGGAAAUUGUUAUCCAUAUGCAUUUUAGACGGGUUUAAAGACAUUGAGGAUGCUGCACAAAAUUAGUUGCAUUUCGCAGGAAAGUACUAGGAUGUUUCUAGAUAUAUAAUUGGCGAAUUAUUGUAUAUAGUAAAUAUGGAUCCUGGUUAGUAAUGUAGAUAUGUUGGUGUCACUUUUUCCAGGGUGAUUAUGCAAUUUCUUACAUCGUGCUGAAAGUCUCAAAAUUGCUGAUGUGCACGCAUGUGAAGCGUCCGUGCUUUUCCUGCUUAUCUACGGAUGCAGAAGGAAAAAUAAGGUGACCAUAAGUUUUACUGGAAGCUUAUUCUACUGGUUACUUUGUUCAUCCCUGGAAUAGUAUGAAGUUCUAUAAGGGUUGCCUAGAUGAAUGGCAUGGUAUAUAGCGCACGUGUGGUAUAAUAUCGCACAUCUCUAGCGCGUGUUCGUAAUACAAGCCAUCCUAUUUUUCAGAAUCAUACAAGGGGGAAAUGUGCAGAAAUUUCUUUUUGCAUGUUCCAAGGUUAUGUGGAUAUGAGAAGAAAACUUCUAACAACGGGUCAAUCUCCCAGAGCUGCAUGUCAUCCAACAUUCCAUAGUUGCUGCUUUGGACAUAAAGGCCCAUCUAACGUAAGCUGGCCUUGGCGAUCGCUGGUGCUGGAAAUUUUUGGUAAAUGCUUCUUUAACAUUACAAUCAUCAUGUCAAAUUCAUGAUAUACAAAAUGUUAUAGGCUCAUUUUGAUAUUAACAUAUUUGUUUAUAAUUUUUGUAAGAAACAAAAAAUCUUAUUAAAUCAAUGUCAUACACUAAAAACAAUACAUAGUAAAGUUUGAAUUAGUGCUUUUAGCAA